GACGCUAGGUGUCAUAAACGAAGCGGUCCUCGCAUAUCACGCACGACGCUAAGGAGUUCCCUCGCUUACACCGUGAAAACGCCCCUCUACUCUCCUCCCUUCGCCGACCGAUAAGCCAUCCCUGCCGGCUUGUGCCUGUCUGCUGUCCCAGCCUGCAGGGCUGCAUCUCUCGCGGCGGAGAAAAGGCGCAUCUGGGGCGGUGGCGGCGUCCGUCUUCCAGUUUCCUGCAAUCUCAAUGAUCAGAACCUGGACUGAAAAGCUUGACACCCGGACCUGACAGGACAGGACUUGCAAUCCAUUUCAAUGACAACAGAGGAGGCUUUGGCUGGGGAGAUGAAGAGUGCAAUGGAGGGUGACUUCAGGAGAACCAAUCAGGUUCCAGAGGACCACGGGGAAGAUGAUAGCUCUGAGAAGACCCCUAGCAAAGCCUCCAAAUCUCCCCAGAAAACCACCAAACGGCCCAAGACUGUCCCUGUUAAAGUUACUCUACUUGACGGCUCAGACUAUGAGGCUGCAGUUGAGAAAUUUGCCAAGGGCCAGACCCUGCUGGACAUGGUGUGUGGCCAUCUGAACCUGCUGGAGAGGGACUACUUUGGCCUGACUUUCCAGGACACGGACAACUCCAAGAAUUGGUUGGAUCCGUCCAAAGAGAUUAAGAAGCAAAUUCGGGUUGGCUCCUGGAUCUUUGGAUUUUCUGUCAAGUUCUACCCUCCAGACCCAUCUGUGCUCAUCGAAGACAUCACCAGGUACUAUCUGUGCCUGCAGCUGAGAGACGACAUCCUGUCCGGUCGUCUGCCUUGCUCGUUUGUCACCCACGCCCUUCUGGGCUCCUACACUGUCCAGGCCGAACUUGGAGACUACGAGCCAGAGGAACAUGGUCCUGACUAUGUCAGCGACUUUCGCUUUGCACCCAACCAGACACGUGAGCUAGAGGAGAGAGUGAUGGAACUGCACCAUAACUAUAGGGGAAUGAGUCCAGCUGAUGCAGAGGUGAACUUUCUAGAAAAUGCCAAGAAGCUCUCAAUGUAUGGUGUGGACUUGCAUCACGCUAAGGAUUCAGAGGGAAUUGAUAUAAUGCUCGGUGUGAGCGCCAACGGUCUGCUCAUCUACCGAGACCGACUGAGGAUCAAUCGAUUCGCCUGGCCAAAAAUCCUCAAGAUCUCCUAUAAGAGAAGCAACUUCUACAUCAAGAUCCGCCCAGGAGAGUAUGAACAGUUUGAGAGCACCAUAGGCUUCAAGCUGCCCAACCAUCGGGCCUCGAAGCGACUGUGGAAGGUCUGCAUUGAGCACCACACAUUCUUCAGGUUGGUUUCCCCAGAGCCGCCUCCCAAGGGCUUCCUUGUGAUCGGCUCCAAGUUCCGCUACAGCGGGCGGACCCAAGCCCAGACCAGACAGGCCAGUGCCCUGAUUGACAGGCCUGCCCCACAGUUCGAUAGGUCUGUUAGCAAGAGGUACAUGCUGCCCCGAAGCAUUGAUGGAGCCUCAGCUCUAGGCGACAGUAUGGACCAGCUGUCCCAGCGAAGCUCCAGUGAACGCACACAGUUCAUGUCCAGAGAAGACCUGGACCAAGAGGGCAGCCUGGACCUGGAUCAUGAACAGUACCACUAUCAAGACCAGGACCAGGACCAGUACACAGAUCAGGAGCUAGAGCAGCAUGACUUUCAGGACCAAGAAGUUCAGAAACAUAUUCGGGGUGCCAACAUCUCAACACCCACCAAGACUUUUGAGCUCAAGGGUGAGGAGGCAGGCUCGCCUGUAGACUCAAAACCAGAGGAUCUGGCCACCCCGCGGCCCAAACAGGAGCAGUUCUUGGAUAAGCCAGAAGAUGUUCUGCAAAAGCACCAGGCCAGCAUCAAUGAGCUGAAGAGGGCUUUGAGGCAGCCCAACAGCAAGAUGGCCCAGAGGGAGAAACGCCUCUCCUCAGCUACUCCUCCAGGAGGAACCCCUGAGCGUAAACCAGCGACCGGUGAUGCCUAUGAAGGAGCACUGGAUACUUACUCUCAAUUGGAAACGAGUAAGACCUCUUCUGUGGGUAGAGACACAUUCUCUGCGACACCUUGGACUGAAGCAAAUAUGAACAAUUAUCAAUCUCCCAGGGAUCCUUUAAAAUCUAGACCUGGAACAGCAGCAGGGCUAACAGAUAUGAGCCCUAUGGAUGAAACAAUAGCAACUAACGGGCAUUAUGAUUCUGUAUUAGCAAGGAAUGAUGUUCAGGAAAAUGGAUAUGGAUCUCCGCCUGACAAUCAGAGGAGUGCAAUAGUCAGCAGAGAUACGAGGCAUUGUCAGUAUGAGCACAAUAUUCAUCGAGAGAGACCAAAGACUUUUGAAACUCCGGUGGGUCUAGAUUAUCUCCCAAAGGGCAACGGGAGUAGAAUGGAGAGUGACGCAAGGCAUUGUGAGGAUUGGAAAAUAAAAGAUCCAAGCCACAUGGGAGCAAAAGAUUGCAACAAAACAGGGAACUCUGAAGUCACCAAAAUAGUUCCUCUCAAGCCACAAAGAUCAAAGAAGUCUUUGAGUAAAGAGAACAAAGCCAUUGUAAACCCUCAAAGUCAGUUUGACAAGGGCAUCGUAGGUGUGACUGGGGAUGUGCAUAUGACAAAAUCACAAGAUGGAUCCUACGAAGCAGGAAGGAGAGUGGAUGAUAAUACUGUACUGCAAUCUGCCACAGAUGUUGUCAAGGAAAACACAGGGGCCACCAGGGGCGCAAUGUCAUAUCAGCAGCAAACUCACAAUCAACAUAUUAAGGAGUUAUUUGGUCAACAGGAGCUCAGGGACUGCAGAGGCACAACAGGACAAAGUCAGUGGACAAGAGGAGGCAUGCUACAUGAAGAUCAUUUUCAAAACUCCAAACUGCCAACAGCUCCCCCUCGAACUCUUCCUCUAAAAACUCAGUGGUCCAGAGACAGACAGAGCAAUAUGGAUAACAGCCACAUCCACUACAAGACACCAAGCCAAGAAACAGCCAAGAGGAAGCAAGCGGAGACACCUCCCACACCUGCUAUUCACGAGGAGCCUCUCAACGAAGCUUCAAGGGAACCAUGGGAGAGACGUCUGGGCUCCGUCUCAGAGGAUGACCAGGACCACGAGAUCCUCUACCUGAAGGAAACCCACCUGGGCAUUGAGCGCAAAUGUUCCAGCAUCACGGUCAGCUCUACGUCCAGCUUGGAGGCCGAAGUAGAUUUCACCGUCCUCACAGACCUACACACGGGGAUGGAGGAGUUCUCCAGGGGCAUGUCAGAGCUGGGAGACAGGGAUCUGUCACCAGAUGGGGGUCUGUGUUUCGGAAUCGACUUGCUCCAGCAGCAGGGCCCCUCUGAACUGCCUCCUCCACUGGUGUCAGCGCCUCUCUCUAGAGGAGCCAGCAGCAGCCCUCCAGCUAAACAUAUUCAGGCUGAGGAAGUCCGACCAGAGGUCAAACGGCCUGAUGUGCAGCCUGUAGUCCCCAAAAAACCAAAGAGGUCAGUGCCAGUAUCAUCGUCGGUGGACAGAGAGCAGUCGCACAGAGAAGCCAGCCGUGUCUCGGCUGUCACACCACUGAGCAGGGAGGCCAGUGAUGUCAUGCCCACACCAGCGGUGAGGAAGACUGAUGUAAGGAAGGAGACUCAGCCCAACGGGUCAGAGGUCACCACGACCAUCGUGGAGUUCACAGAUCAGGAUCACGGUAUCACCAGCCUUAGUGAAGUUUCUUAUUCUACGAGACAGAGCGUUUCCCCUGUGCACAUGAGCAGUCUUGGAAGGGAGGCGUCCAGGUCGCCCAUCCUCGUCACUGAAAACGUUACCUCAGCAACCACUCAUGUCACUAAGACAGUGAAAGGAGGAUAUUCAGAGACCAGGAUUGAGAAGAGGAUCAUCAUCACAGGAGACGAUGAUGUAGACCAGGAGCAGGCUCUUGCUAUUGCAAUACAGGAAGCCAAGCAGCAGCACCCCGACAUGCAGGUGACCAAGGCAGUUGUUGUCAGGGAAACAGAAUCAUCCACUGAGGAUCGACAUGGUGCAUCAGAGUCCUGAUUUCCUGAGAUGAGAGUGCCCCCCUUUGGACCAGAAGUGUCAGUGCCCCAGUACCUAAAAUUGCGACACGUCAUCCUAACUGAUCCUAACAGACUACUGCCAGUGGUGCACAAAUGGAGCCUCUUGUACACAUUCAUGCACACACGAAGCCGAAAACAAGACUCCUUUUAAAUCUUGUGUUUUAUUUUUAUCCAAACAUUUCACUAUUGAAAUCAUUCAUGUCUAGCAAGUUUGUUUGGCGGUUAAGUGGUUUAAAAAAAAAAAAAAAAAAAAAAAAAAAAGAAAGUUAACAUUAUUGGUCCUUGAUUGGUCGACAGUAUGCCACUAGAGAUCCAAACAUCUGGAACAAUUAAAGAGAUAAUCCAACUAAAUUCCCUGUGAACCUCUCAGGGCCACUAAUUCCUUAAGUAUUCCUGAAAGGUCAAAGAGAGUGAGCGCAGAUAAUCUGUGCAUUCACUCACACUGUUGGAAUAAUCCAAUGUCAUACCCCAUGCAUUCAUUUGGAAAAUAGGAACAUAAGAAAAACAAUGCGCAUAGUCCUUCUAUAUGUCUGUCCUGCUGUACUGAAUAACAAAAACAUCAGAUUCCUGCUGUGUCUUACACUUCGUUUGAUAUAAUUGUGUGUGUAGCUCCAGUCAUGUAAGCAUCCAGUGAAGCAGGGUAUAAUGAAAACUGUGAGUGAAUCCUACUGUUAGCUUCCACUCCACUUGCAUAGCCAGUCGAAUGAACAAAUGGGCUACAUCCCCUACCCCCCACCACACUGACUGAUGAGGACGCACUGAGCAGAGAGCAUCAUGUAGGUCCUCUAGAGGUCGGGGCUGGUCUCAUCACAAUAUUUCACUUCUGUAAAAUGUAUUAACAUGAUGUGUGAGUAUGAAAGGACAUGAUUUGAGUUUGCUGCAUCAUGAAGGACUUUUCUUGGACUUUUUGAGAAUUUCUGUGUGUCUGGACAUUAAGUGCUGUUAAUACACACAGUAUACCUGUUGUAUUUAUUCAAAUGGUGGCAACGUAGUUUCUGAGCAUGCUGAUGUUUCAGAAUGAGCCUUGUUUCUCUCCUUUCCCAGCCUUUAGAUAUGCUUUCAGAAUUAAGCUGGAUAUGAUGCCACAACUUGUGUAGUAAGUACAUAGAGUAGGCUCACACCCUUGUUCAAUUCACAGAACGGGCUGCUGCAUCAGUAAAACUAGUAUUUGAGACAAUGUUUGCAUGAUAAUUUCUUGCAUUAUUGAAUUGUAAUUGAGUAAUAUUGAUAUUAACUCAUAAGAGGGAUGGAUUAUGAUAUCCAGGAUCAUGAAAGAAACAGUAAAAAAUCAUCAAUCAAGACGGAAAGGCCAAAUUAUUCACAAUCUUAUAUCUCCUGAGCUCUGAAAUGUAAAAUCAGGAAAUUAAGCUUCCUGACAGGAAAUGAAGAGUACUCACCAGAAAAACUAGGAAGUAUCAAAACACAUUCAUCCAGUUUUGUUAAUGCCAAGAUCCAAUCACCAAUGACAAAAUGGCUAUGUUCUUUAGUUACAACCCUUUAACAUCUCAUUUCAAGCUGCUGGUGCUGUUCAGUCUAUCUUGCAUAUCGGUUUGCUUUAAAUUUAAUUUUACUGUAAAGAAACACGGAGUAGGCCUGCCUACAUUCAAUGACUGGUAUUUUUUCACUGCUGUUUAUUGUACAACAAAUCCUCAACUUUCAAUAUAGCCUACAGAAAUGGCAUUAUGCAUCAGAACCCUUCCAAAACUCUUUCAAGCAACAAACAGUGUUAUAAAUAAAAUAUACAGUAGGAGCAGCAUCUUUGAACACAUAGUUUUGUGUGAUUUGGUAAAUGAAUGUUAGAGGGAUGCCAUAGACAUGUAGUGUGCCAAUUAAGGUAGUGGUCAAAUUGUACAAACUCUGAUUUUGUAUGAAAUAACUUUAUAUGAACAAGCUACUUUUAAUUACAGAAGUGCUAGAAAGUCAAAUGCAUAAACUUGACACGGCAAGGUUUCCCUUUAAUUUUGGUGUCUUUAACAUUACUUGUAACAUUUCUGUCUUCUUGCAAAAGUCAUAUUUUAUAAAUCUAUAAAAACUGUCAUGUCAGGUUUAUGAGGGUAUUACUGAGGUAGAACUUUGGCUUUCAGACACUAAACCUUACUGUCAACGUUCACGUGUGGUGUGAUUCCCGUUAUGUUUUUUACAUAUUUUGGUUCCAAAAUGAUGGGUGUGGGUGUCAAACUGGAAGGUGAAAAAAACAAACAAAAAAAACAAUGCAGCCAUGCAUACUGUAUACUGUAUAUUUGGUGCCGUUUGGUGGAUUGUGAAGAUUGUAAAGUAGUUAAUGGCUAUGGGCUUGAGGUACACUAGGGGGCACCAGUUACCUGGAAAAAGAAAAAAAAAAGUGAGCUUUGCAACAUCAAACCCUGCUCAAAUCUUUCUCACUGUUCUUCACUGACAGGCAAAAUUAACCAACGUGUUUGGUAAAGUUUACUUCCUCUGUCCAGAAAAUGUCUGCCCGUGGAAGUCUGACAUGUAAUAGACUGUGAGUAAUCUCAGACAUUUGGCCUAGACACCUGGUGCUGAAGUCUGAUUGGAUGACCUCUGGCUGACCCUUAAACCUAGCCUUCUCCUUUCUGUACAGCACCCUCCUCCUCCUCCCUCCACAGCAGCUUCAUCUCUUCUGCUCUGCUGCUCUCCAUUGCUUGGUGCUGUGUCUUUGUUGUACAUUGUACUUGCAUUCCUUCGAAAUGAAUAAAGAAGAGAGAGAGAAAAAAAGAA